UGCGGCGAAGCUAAGAGGACGGACUUAUCUUUCUGUUGCUGCUUCAGCUUCGAAAGGUUGCGUCGAGGAACGCCCGCCCAAGCUUACCUCUACCUGAACCUACAUGCGACGAAUUGGCGUUAAAUAGGUGACAGCCCACGCGUGUGAUUUGUUUACUUGUAUCUGUAAUGGAAAACUCUGCUGAAGACUACAAGAUCCAGUCAUUUGACCUGGACACACAGAUGUUACUAAAAACAGCCUUGAAAGAUCCAACUUCAGUGAACCUAGAGAAGGUUUCCAGUGUCAUUGUGGACCAGUCUUUGAAGGAUCACGUGUUCAGCAAAGAGGCUGGGCGUAUUUGCUACACUAUAGUGCAGGCUGAAGCCAAGCAGAGCAACGGGAACGUGUUCAGGAGGCACUUGCUGAACCGGCUCCAGCAGGAGUUUAAAGACCGCGAGGACAUGAGGGCACGCUCGCUGCAGGAAUGGGUGUGCUAUGUCACAUUCAUUUGCAACAUCUUUGACUACCUCAAAGUGAACAACAUGCCAAUGGUGGCCCUGGUCCAUCCUGUGUACGACUGCCUGAUGAGAUUGGGCCAACCAGACGCUCUAAUGAAUGAGGAAGAGGUGGACUGUCUAGUGCUGCAACUCCAUCGCAUUGGAGAGCAGCUGGAGAAGAUGAACAGUCAGCGGAUGGACGAGCUGUUCUUCCUGCUGCGGGAUGGUUUUCUGCUCCAGGAGGGCCUCACCUCCAUGGCCCGCCUGCUGCUGCUGGAGAUCCUGGAGUUUAGAGCCGGAGGUUGGAUGCUCAGCAGCACUGCUCACAAGUAUUACUACAGUGAAAUAGCUGAUUAGGACACAAGGCACUGAGCAUCAGAGCUUUCAAGCACCUUGGACACCUCCUCUUAAUCACCACUGAUUAUAAAACCAGCUUUUUGAUGAUAGAUGGCGAUAUCUUCCAGGCAAUCGGAGGAGGAGUUUGAGAAGAUGGAGAUUUUUCUAAAAAGACUAAUACGAUAUUCCUGAAAUGUGCUGUGGAUGUGGAAUGUGCAAUAGGUCAUGAGGAGCUGAGGUUCAGUUAACGAGGUUUAGCCACUUUCAGGUACACUUUGUUUCAAAGAAGUUUGUGUUAAAGUUUGGUGCAGCUAGAGGAGCUGACGCUUUACAUUUUUAAUCUUUCUAGCAUUCCUUUUUUUGAGUAUUUCAACUUAAAUUUACCAAAUCCAAAAGACAUUCCAGUCAGAUGAAUCCUGAUCUGAUUAUUUAGACAUUUUAGUGUAAAAAUUUUGAAUAGGUUUUAAAUUGCUUUUGAGAGAAUUUCUUCCUGCUUUGUCCUGUGAGGCUCCCGUUACUGAUCAGUUUGGCAGAGUCUUAAUUCAGGGAUUUAUUUAUUUUUUGUUAAUGUUAUUUUUCUGAGGACACUUCAGAUUUCUUGAUAUAAAAACUUUGUUAAGCAAGCUGUGCCAACAUAACACAAAUACCAUCACGCAGUAGGGACGACUCCAUAAAGACUGAAAUGUUAAUUAGUGUUUGAGGUGCUAGAGGAGUCUGUGUUUUCUUUCCCUUUAUAUAUAUUUGCGGGUUAGUUAUGAAUGCAAAGCUAAUAUAAAAGUAUUUUCCAAAAAUAUUUAACUUCUCUUCACACCAGCAACACUGUUUGGUAAACUUUGAUACUCUGUGAUGGUUUUCAGGAGUUCAGUCAGGUGCAAGUUCACAGGUUCAGUGUCCUGCUGUUGAAAUAUUAAAUUUGUGAAACACACACAGAAUGUGUGUCAAAAUUUGACUUUUAAGGCAGUCUGACAAUGAAAAAAAAAAACAGAAUUUAAUGAAAGGCGGCUCGCAGUGUUUUGUCUCCCCAAAUUGGGAGACUUAAUAUUCCGCCUUUGUGUUUGUUAGCAUAUUCUUGGGCCAAAGUAAUAAAACCUGCUGAGAAAAAAUGUUUGUGUGUUAAACAAGCUGUAACGAGUCAAACAAGGACUUAACUAAAUCAUUUAAUGACUCCACAGACCUGACUGUAGCAUGCAUCAAUAUUUUAUUACACUUUUGCAUUAGUUUUCUUUUUUAUGGUUGGGUUGUGCAUUAAAUGAAAGUUUGUUCUAAUAAACCCUUUUCUUAUUUA